GGGGCGGGUGGCGUGGCCAGUGUGCUGCGGCCCGUCGCACGGAGCAGACAUGUUGCGAGUUGUCGCUCUCACAAUCUUCAUUACACUCGUCUCGAUCGUGGAAUGCGUCGAAGAAGACUGCGUGGACUGGGAGGGGAAGACCGUCCCCCACGGGCUGCUGUACGUCCCCGGGCCGGGGGUGUGUUCCAUCUGCGUGUGCUAUCACUCGGAGCCCAUGUGGUGUAAGGCGAUUUACUGCGACCCGCCUUAUUUCUGCAAUAACUUCCGAGUGGGCGAGCGCUGCUGUGAAUUCGAAUGUCUCGACCCACCCGGGGAGGACACCAGGUACCAAGAACGCCAGCGCCUACGAGCUCUCAUCCUCUCUGGGAACUCAUCCGCACCUCACUUCACACCAAUGAGAAUCAGCACAAGUAUCAGCUUGCUGGCUGUAGCUGUAUACCGACUUGUUUGAAAAUUGAAUGGAACCAAGUCAGACGCUGAUAUAGAUUAACACUUGGUGUUAAAAUGUUGAAAAGUUUCGAAAACAAAGACAAUCUUCGAAAUGGGAAAGAUAAACUGUUAGAUAAAAUGUGACGUUACUUUCAAAUUGCUUCAAAUCACUGUCGGAAUGAAAAAUCAUAUUGAUUCUUUUAGUAUUUUUUUUUAGUAGAUAAAAAAUGUUGAUUUAUUUAUUAGCAAAGACACGA